AUGAUAAAAUACUUACUCCUUUGUCUCUUGGCAAUCAUUGCUAAUGGUGCAGUAUUAGGAAUUGAUUUUGGAUCUGAAUUCAUCAAAGCUGUUUUAAUAAGUCCAGGCAAAUCUUUUACGAUCAUUGAGAAUACUACAAGCAAACGUAAAACAGAAAAUGCUGUAUGAUCAAUAAUAUAUGCUUAAGAUUGCAUUUUAUAACAAGGAGCGUUUAUAUGAGAGCGAUGGUGCUUCUAAAAAAACUAAAUAACCUAAAAAUACAUUUACAUUCUUAAACAAAUUUUUAGGAGCAUUAGCCAAUGACGAAAAAAUCGUAGAAAUUUCUAAAUAGUCUUAUGAAGAUUUUAAAAUAGAGAUUGAAGAGGUAAAGUUAUAAACAACUUAAUUUUAGAGAGAAGGAACUUUUGCCUUUUAAGUUGAUGGUGUAGAGGUAGAAGGAAAAGACACUAUGAUUGUUAAGGUAGAAGAAUUAGCUGGAAUGAUUCUUAAAUUUAUAGCUAAGUUAGUUGAUUUCAAUCAUUAAAUCUAAAUCAAAGAUGUUGUAUUAACAGUCCCAAGUGAAUGGAAUAUAAGUUAAAGAUCGUAAUUUAAAAUUUAAUAUUUUUUUUUAGAGCAUUAAAAUCAGCUGCAUAGUUAGCAGAAUUAGAAGUCUUAGGAAUUAUUAAUGAAAACACAGCUGCUGCCUUAUAUUAUGCUCUUGAACGUUAAGAUGAGAAUAAGCAUACUGCUUUAUUUUAUAAUAUAGGCUCAUAUAAUAUACAAGUUUCUUUAGUAGAAUUCUAAGCUAUUGAUGCUCAAAAGAAAAAGAUUGAAACAUUAAGAGUUCUUGCUGAUUAUUCAGUUUCUAAUGUAGGAGGAUAAUCUUUAGAUAUUUUAUUAGCAAAUCAUUUUGCCAAAGAAUUCGACAAUUAACCAUCAAGAAAAGGAAAAAAAUCCAUUUUUACUAAUUCUAAAGCAAUGAAUAAAUUAUUGAGAGCAGCUAAUAAAUACAAGGAAAUCUUAUCAGCAAAUAAAGAUACUUAAGUUUAUUUGGAAGGUUUAAUUGAUGGAGAAGAUUAUAGUACAUCAAUUUAAAGAUCAACUUUUGAGGCAUUAUUUGAAGAUAAACUUCAAUAAUUAACUGAUCCAAUUAAUUAUGUAUUAGAAAAAAGCAAUAAAACAAAAGAGGAUAUUAAUAUUGUAGAAUUAAUAGGUGGAGGCAUUAGAGUUCCAAAAAUCUAAUAAGUGUUAUCAAAUUAUUUUGGAAAUGUAGAAGUAGGAACACAUUUAAAUGGAGAUGAAUCUAUGGCUUUUGGUGCUGCUUUUCAUGCUGCCAAUUUAUCUCAUUCAUUCAAAGUUAGACCAGUUUAAUUGACUGAUGGUUUUAGUUUCAGUAGCUCAAUUGAAAUUAAUGGUGUUAAUGAAGAUGAUUAUCAUAAAGAAUUCUCAUUAUUUGGAUAUAAAAAGAAAUAUGGAAGUACUCGUUCUUUAGAAUUCUCAUAUGAUAAAAAUUUAAGAUUAGACAUCUUUGUUGAAAAAGAUGGAUAGAAAUCUCAAUUAAUUUCAUAUCAUCUAAAUAAUAUUACUAAUGCAACAGAACUUAAUUUCAGUAAACCAGAAAUCUCACUUACAUUCAAAGCUACUUCAAAUGAAUUUAUUAAACUAGAAAGUGCAGAAAUGAAAGUUGAAGAAAUUAAACUCAUUGAAAUUAAACCUAAUGUUACUACAACUAAUACAACUUCAUCAUAGCCAAAAUCUCAAGCUACAAAUUAAGCUGAAACCUAGGAUAAUGAAACAAGUGAAGAAGGUGAUAUAUCUGAAGAAUAAGUUUAAUAAGUUGAGACUACUUAAAUUAAUGAAGAACCAUAAGAACCUAUUGUUGAAGAACCAAAAUUCAAAAAAUAAAAAAUUAUACAUACAUUCCCUAUCAAUUAUACUAUAACACAUCAUGUUGUAUUAGGAUUAAAUCAAUAAGAAAUAGAUGAUUCAAAAAAAAUUAUUAAAUAAUUUGAAACAGCAGAAGAAAAUAGUAGAAAAUUAAGUGAAAUUAAAAAUAAAUUAGAAUCACUUAUUUAUACAGUUAGAGAAGUUAAAGAUGCUGAAUAUUUCUAAAAGGCAUCAACUGAAACUGAAAGAACUGAAAUCUUAAAGACAAUUGAAGAACAUGCUGAAUAUCUUGAUAGCGAUGAAGCUUGGACAGCUGAUUUUGAAAAAUUCAAUACUAAGUUUACUUAAUUAAAUAAUUUGUAAUUAUUAUUUUUAUCAAAAUAGAUUAAAGCCUAUUUAAGUUAGAUUAGAUGAAGCUAAAGCUAGACCUUAAGCUAUUAAUGAAACUAUUACAAAGUUGACUGAUUUCCAUAAAAAAGCAAAUGCUCUUAACUCUACUAUGCCUUGGAUUCCUGAAGAAAAAAAAGUUAAGUUUUUAGGACAUCUUACAAAUACAACAGAAUGGUUGAAAACUAAAUUAGAUGAAUAAGAAAAAAGGGAAUUACAUUAAGAUCCAGCGUUUUUAAUUGAAGAAUUGAAGAAAAAAAUGGAUAAAGUCAGUGAAGAAUACACUAAAUUAAAAGCUAUUCCUAAACCAAAAAAGGUAUUCAUUAUAAAUAUUAUUAUUAGACCCAAGAAUAAAAGGAUGAAGAGAAAAAGAAAAAGGAGGAAAAGAAAUAAAAAAACAAAAAAGAAUCUGAAUCUGAUACAACUGAUUCAAGUAACAAUUCAAAACAAGAAUAAUAAAAUUAAUAAGAUGAAAAAGAAUAAUCAUAAUAAGAAUAAUAAUAGGAAGAUAAUUUUUAAGAUUAAUAGGAUAGUCAAACCUAAGGAGACGGAGAACCAACAAUUGAGGAUUUGUGAUAUAG